GGCUGAACAUCAGAGUGUCCGGUGAAGGAAAACAAUGGCCGUCACUUCCUUAACCAAAGCCACUACUCUCAAGUGUCGUCUCUCAUCAACCCAAUUCUUUUCCACAGUUCCUCCCAAAGUUCCCCAAUACAGGUACCAGAUUUCUCUUGCCAAUCUCCUCCAAAGGUGCGGUUUCCCACCUUCUCAAGUCCACACUUUCCUUGCAAGAAACCAUUCGUUGCUCAAUCAUUCCGAUUUGCACGACAUUCAAAACUCUCUAAACAUUCUUUUAUCUUUCAAAAUUCCCCAGAAUUCCCUUAUUUCUUUACUCUCUGACUGUCCAGCAGUUUUGGACUCUAACUUUUUGAAGAAAUGGCAAAUUGGGAUUUCCAAAUUUGGAAACUUGGAUAUUUCCCCGUUGGUUAUUAGCAAUGUUUUGGCACUUUCAAGGAGAUUUCAGAUUGACCCGGAUGGGUUUUUGAAGAGGAUUGGUGCUUUGAAGGGUUUGGGGUUUAAUGGUGGGGUUUUGACUAGGGUUUUAGAAGGGUUUCCGAGGGUAAUCAUGAUGAAGGAAAAUGAAAUUUGUAGAAAGGUUGAAUUUUUCGAAGGAAUUGGGAUUCCAAGAUAUGGGAUUGAAAGGGUUUUUUAUUUGUUUCCUGAGGUUUUAGGAUUUGAUAUUGGAAAUAGGUUGAAGCCAUUGCUUGAGGAGUUUGUGGAAUUGGGUUUUAGUGAAAAUGAGUUUAGGAAGGAGAUUGUAAGGGAUCCAAGAGUUUUGAGCAUGGCAUUAGGGGAAAUGUCAAGGUGUUUGGGAUUGUUGAGGACUCUGAAAUGUCGCGUUCCCAUUAAGGACAGGAUUGUUAGUGAAGGAGAAUUUAGAGCUGGAUUGGAAGUGAAGCUUAGAGUUGAUUGCUUGUGCAAACAUGGGUUGAUUCAUAGAGAAGCAUUUAAGAUCCUAUGGAAAGAGCCAAGAUUGGUUUUGUAUGAGAUUGAGGAGAUUGAGAAGAAGAUUGAGUUCUUGGUGAACAGAAUGAAGUAUGGUGUCGGUUGCUUGGUUGAGGUUCCAGAGUAUCUGGGUGUGAAUUUUGACAAACAGAUUGUUCCUCGAUACAAUGUCAUAGAGUAUUUGAAAUCAAAUGGUGCACUGGGUCUUGAGAUAGGGUUGAAGAGUUUGAUAAAACCAAGUAGGCUUAGAUUCUAUAAUUUGUAUGUCAAGCCAUAUCCAGAAUGUGAAAAGAUGUUUGGGAGGUUUGUGGAAGAUGCUGGCCAUCAAAGGCGGCAUCCAGUUGGGAUGUGGAAGCUUUUUAAGCCACAAAAGUAUACAGAAUCAAAAGAAGAUGUGAAAAAUAUGAAGUCUUUUAUGGAACCACUAGUUUAGUUGACAAAGCCACUGACAGAUGAUUGGUUAAUAACCCAAGCUGAAAGCAGAACUAAAUGAAGCAACAAGAAAGCAGAACUAAACGCAGAUUGUUCUUUGUAUGGUGUCAGCUGGGUUAAGACUGGCUCAUUCAGAACCAGAAGCGGUUACAUAUUUUAGUCUCAAACCAGACUACUGCAAGAGCGAGUAAAUGGACGAAGGAAUGUAAAAUGUCUAUGGCCUUAGAUAGAACAUUGGACAAGGUCAGUCGCCUGGCAAUAGCACCAAAAGUAGCUGUUUUCACUGAUCCUUAAUAUGGAAAGUUUGUCUGAAACUAGUAGAAAGCCCCUUUGACCUUGGCCAGGAGUGGGAAUUGUCUGCCUCAAGCCAAUGCUUCAGUUUGGAUCGAAAGGGUAUCAAACAAUGCCGGGCCCCAAAGUAAAUUUUGAUGCAAGGAUUCCAUGAACACCUGAGAGGUUUUCCAUUCCUUCAUUUUCGGCCAAUGGAGGAAGAGCAGACUCAGUAUUUGGUUGUGAACAGCUUAGGAAAUUUAAAUGAGCUUCAUCUGAUUGAGGGUCCUGCUUGUACCAUUUUCCAUUUCUUCCUCUGGAUUAGAUAUGCUUGUUUACUGGGAUUGAAAAAGGUUAUACAAUGUUAAAAUUUCCAUAUGUGACAGAUGGACAACUCGAAAGAAUCUGAAUUGUUUCAGCCUUACCUUGUGAUUGCAACACAAUCACUUAUGCAUAAAAAAGGUUCUCAAAAAGAAAAGUGAGAUGGCAGUAAUUUGUGCUCA